UCAUGCCCGGCGGACGUGCAACCACGAUCAACUUUACGCGGCAGGCUCGACCACUUGACAACCUGCCACCACAACACACCACCAUGUCUGACUCCGACUCUGCACUCUCCUCACCACCCGCGACGGACGACGAAAUGCCCGUCGCGAUGCCUCCCGCAAAGGCCAAAAAGCCCAUGCCUCAAUCCCAGAGCAAGAAAUCCAAGAAGAACGGCACUAUCCUGUCCUUCCUUGAGAAACGGGCUCCCUCGCCGCCGCGCAAGAAACGCGACCCGUCGCCACCACACGAGCCUGCGUUUGAAGACAACUUUGACAUACCGUUCAUUGUCAUGUUUAGGUCGCGAUUCUCCGAUGCCUUUCCUGCAAAAUGCCCUCAUCUGGGCCCCCAGGACCUCGAACGUGGCGUUACCGAAGACAUUCCGUCGUCCCAAAUCGAGAGCCUGCUUUGCGCCCUCCUCGGCUUAGUGCUGAAUCGCAAGAAACCUGUAGAGAAAGGUCAUUAUGGCCGCGCGCUGGAAGAAGCUGUACAGACUCAAAAAUCACAAUGGCCAGCGUCAUGGAAUUCUACAAACCCAUUGCAUGGGGGUCGCUCGUUCAAUACAAUGACCGCUACUGAGCGUCUUGCCUUGCUCAAGACCCUCAUCCUAUGGAGCCUUAACCAAUCCGAAGUAAUCUCUACUAUGAUCAAGGAAGGUUACAAGUCGCGAUCGACAAAGGACAAGGCCGAUGCAAACAUCCCGCUUUCCGUGCAGCCAUGGGGUCGCGACGGCGACAAGCGACAAUUCUGGCUUAUUGAAGGGCAGGAUGAUACAGCGUUUCGAAUCUAUAGGGAGAGCGAUCGAAAAAAGAAGAAGAUCACAUGGUGGAGCGUUGCAGGUUCUAUUGAAGAGCUGCGCACUCUGGCCGACAAGCUGGUGGAGGAAGACGGCACCCGCGACGCGAAAUCGCUGAGCGAACGUAUGCUCCACGCAAUUCCUCGUUUCGAGGCUACAGAAGAGAAGCGUAAGCGUCGCGAGUACCGUAAUGCUCGCAAAGCAGCUUUUACUCGACCCGAGCCCGGUUACUCCCUUUACGAAGGUCGCACCCGCGGCAAGCGCAUGCGCUACAAUUUUUCCGAUGAAGAGGUUGAUGUAGACUCCGAUGCACUAUCUGUUCGGCGAUCUACGCGCAAUUCUGGUCGCGAAACACCUGCUGCUCCUGCCGCUGCGACUGUUACCGCUAGUGGCCGCCAGGUCCGUUCUCGCGCAACCGGUGCCUACGGCGAAUCUCUGGUCAGCGGCCAAACAACGGAACGUGCCUCUCCCGCCACAGGAGAUUACGCUCGAUCUGAUGUCUCAGAAGAACCACGAAAUUCUCACGGCCGAUCCACCCGUGCUGCUGCCACCAAGGCUGCCGAUGGUUUUACAAAAAAGCGCAAACAUUCCGAAAAGUACGACGAUGAAGACGAGAUGGAUGACGAUGAAGACGAUGCGACAUCUUGGGACGGAGGCGAUGAAGACGAAGAGGCUGAUAGAAUGGAACUCGAUGAUGAGGAUCAGUCUGAUGACGACGCAUCUGAUGAGGAGCAAGAGCCCAAGAGCCUUCUCGUAAAAGAGCAACCGACCAACGCGGAGCUACCCAAAAGCCCACCGCCUGUGGUGGCUGGCGAUGCUGUCCCUGUACAGCCUGUCGACCCUAGCGAACAACCCCAGCCCGCGAAAGACAUCGCCUCGAACGGAAUCUCAAUUCCGAUCGUCGCAGAUAAACCUAUUACGGCAGAACAAGUACCUUCAAAAGUGGAAUUGCCGCUCGGAGCGCCGACCCCACCAUAUACUGCACAGGAAGAGUCCAAGCCAGUGACCCAAUACCCUGCCGCCAUUCCUAACGGUGAAACUGCGCCCACACAUCACGCAUUAGACGCAAAUCUGCCAACUACAAAGUCUGUCACGGGCUAG